CACGGAACGAAUCUAAGGAUGCGGAGGGACGGUUUACUUCCGAAGUCCAGGACUCAGUGUGUCUGUGCUACCCCCUUUUUCUUCUUUUCAGACCAGCACCUUCUUACUAAACAGAUCGGAGGUUGGACAGGGAGGGCGGGGGCCGGAGGCGGGUCAUGGGCUGGGGGGAAGGGUAGACGAGCGGCGGAAACCCUUAGACUCAGAGAAGCAUCGAGAACCGGAAGGAGACCAUGGGAGGAAGUUUCAGAAUGGCUUCGGUUAUUGCCUUUCCUUGGUGUGCUUGCACUACUUGGCUACCUUGCAGUUCGUCCAUUCCUCCCAAAGAAAAAACAACAGAAGGAUAGCUUGAUUAAUCUUAAAAUACAAAAGGAAAAUCCCAAAGUGGUGAAUGAAAUAAACAUUGAAGAUUUGUGCCAUACUAAAGCAGCUUAUUGUAGGUGUUGGCGUUCUAAGACGUUUCCUGCCUGUGAUGGUUCACAUAAUAAACACAAUGAAUUAACAGGAGAUAAUGUGGGUCCACUAAUACUGAAGAAGAAAGAAGUAUAAUAGUAAUAAAUUAGGAUUGAAUUCAGUUGUGUGCUGUAAAAUCUUAUAAUAUUUUUUCAUUCUUUGUGUAUAGAACUUUCAAAUGGUGGUCUUAAUUAUUACUACUGGUUGAAUAAUUAUUUCUGCCAAUUUAUUUUCUUGCUACACUACUGUUUAUAUUUGAUACUUCAUAUCUUCAGUCAUUUAUAUAGAAAUUAAAGUGUGCAACCCUUUUCAUUCUGACUUCAAAGAGUUAAUGUAUCUUCCUAUAAUAAAACCAACACUUCUGAUUUUAAUUAAUUGAGAAAAAUCUAAGUUUUUGGCCAUGGGUCUAAAACUCUAUUUGAAUAUCACUAUCUAUACUUAAAAUUUUUCUCCCUACACUAGUAAAGAUAUUGUUUUUCAGUUCUCUCCUGUUUUGAUCAUUUGAAGUGAUUUUUUUUUUUUUUUGGUCUUCAGUACUCCAUUCUUUUUAGAUCAGUAGGAAAAUUAUUGCUUUCAAGAAUACUUGAGUUUUCAAAGAGAUAAGCCCUUUGCUUUAUAGAGAUUGUUGACUAAUAAAUAUAAGUAUCCCAAUUUCAGAAAAGAUGGGAACUGGAUAUAAAAAGUUCCAACAAGGAACACUUAUUUACAUUGUAAAAGUUUUGUUUUCUUUGCAAAAGGCUUGUUUGUAUCUGUUUAUGGAUGUCGUGUAUAUGUAUGGUGAGCUGUUUUACUCAGUGACAGGGUGGGUGGGGUGGCAAGAACACUUACAGCUAAACUCAUGAGCUGCUGCAAUUUGAAGGUCAAUUAGAAAUAAAGCAUAUCUGAAUUUAUAUUAAAAUAAUAGUUCAGUGGUCAAAAUUGUGUUUAUAUGAAUAGUUUCCUUUUUAUAACAGUGUAUACCAAUAAAACCAAAUACAAAAAGUUGCAAAAUAAACUUACAAGAGAAUAUUUAAAACUUUUGUAACUUUUUAUCCCCUGUUUAGUUUCAUAUUACAAACUAUCCUUAUAUCUGUCUGUUAAAGGUGGAAUCCAGUCGGUUCACGCUGUCUCCAUUGUAUUGGGUUGUCGGAAAAGUCAUGAUGCAUUUUUGCAAUUAAAAACAGAAAAAAUACAUUGUGACUUUUCCGACAACCCAAUAUAUGAAGAAGGUACAUGAGGCAGACAUAUGUAAUUAUUCUUCCAAUCAUAAAGCUAAUAGUUAUUGACCACUUAUAUAUACCAGCCACUGCACUAAGCAUGGUACCUGGAUUUUUAAUUUAUUACAUGUAAUGUCAAGAGGUUCUGUUGUGGGAUUUUUUUUUUUACUUUCUCUUGACCAACGGCAGUAAUUUGAGUUAGAAAUGUAGUUGUGGUUUUGAGAGGGUUAUAAGGUGUAUGUCCUAAAUUGUUGCUUUUUCCUCUCCUCACCUGUGAGGAGGGACAAAUAUAACAUUGCUCUCA